AUGAGUGACAUAGAAUCAUUUGAAGAUAAUGAGGAAACUUUCGUUAAUAAUGAGGAAAUUACCAAAGAUAAUGAGUGUCCCGCGUCAGAAGAAGAGAGUGAUCUUGUCCCUAAGGUUGGAAUGAAAUUCAAUGAGGAGAAAGACGUCUUUGAAUUUGACAAAAGAUAUGCUUACCAUAUGGGUUUUCUUGUUAAAAGAAGGAGUUCGAGGAAGGGUGAUGACAGUGUUCUAAGUGAUGGAUAUGAGAACCUAACGUUCGUGGAAAAAGAUUGUAGAAAUUACAUUGAUCAGGUGAGGAGGUUAAGACUUGGGGAAGGAGAUGCUGUUGCUAUUCAAGCUUAUUUUUCGAAGAUGCAAGCCUUUUGUCCGGGUUUUUACUUUAGUGUAGAUUUGGAUGAAGAUGGAAGACUGAAGAACGUCUUUUGGGCCGAUAAUAGGUGUAGACAAUCAUUUAAGGAAUUCGACGAUGUUGUCACAUUUGACACCACAUACUUGACCAAUAGGUACGACAUGCCGUUUGCUCCAUUCGUUGGUGUAAAUCACCAUGGACAGUCGACACUGCUUGGAUGUGGUAUUAUUUCCAACGAGGACAGCGUACAUGAGGUGGUGUAUGAAUCACAGAGUCCUGAAGAAUUCGAGGAGGCAUGGAAUUCAUUGAUUGAGAAAUAUGCACUACAUGACAAUGAUUGGUUGUCUGGACUUUACAAAGAAAGAGGUCGAUGGGUCCCAUGUUUCGUGAAAACCAGUUUUUGGGCAGGGAUGUCAACAACGCAACGAAGUGAGGGUAUGAAAGCAUUCUUUGAUGGAUAUGUACACUCAAAAACCUCAUUGAAGCAAUUUGUUGAACAAUAUGAGCGGGCAAUGAGGUGUAAAGUUGAAAAAGAGUUUCAGGCUAACGUAAAGUCUUUUUCUCAGAUGGUUCCAUGUGUAUCGAGGUUGGCCAUUGAGAAACAAUUUCAAGAAGUGUACACAAUCGCCAAAUUCAAGGAGUUUCAAGAAGAGUUAACUGGGAAGAUUUAUUGCUCGAUUAUGUCUACUGAAGAGGGACCGCUUGGUACAAGUUGUCACAUGUUCGAGUUUAAGGGAAUAAUUUGUAGACAUGCUGGCACAAUAUUGAUCCAAAAUGGUGUCAGAUCAAUUCUUGAGAGAUAUAUCUUACAGCGAUGGAGAAGAGAUGUUAGUAGAUCCUACAUGAGGGUGAAGAUCAAUUACAAUGGUUGGAUUAGUACGCCUAGCCAGUUAAGAUACGAUCAACUGUGCAGUGCGUUUGCCAAGGUAGCAGACGACGAAGAGCGAACCCGAGCAACCAUGGAGUGGAUCCAAUCUCAAUUGAAUGCAUUAAGCAUAUCCAAUACAAAUCCAAGCUAUGGUAGUAAUAUAUAUGCUCAACACAGUGUGCAAAAACAAGUUUGUAGUUGUGGAGAGACAGCAACAAUUUCAAGCAUGCAAAUAAUGGAUCCGAUAUGCUCCCAGAGAAAGGGAGCUCCUAGGAAGCUUCGCAAGAAGGGCCCAUUGGAAACACGUACAAAGAAAGCUAAGGUGGGAUCUUCAAAAUCAAACAAAGGCAAUGCCCCAAUUCAAAACAUUGUCGAAAAUGCUCAAGUAUUCAAUCAAGCUUUUUCACAAGAUGCACAAUAUCAGGCGCUUCCAACAAUCUCCCACUCACAACAAUUGAUGCUAGUUUCUUGGAAUGCUGCUCACGGAGUGCCUAUGGUGCCUACCUCUCGCAUAGGUAAUCCUUGUAUGCCAAUGUACCCGCCCCAUCUACAGCCCGAUGAUAAUCCACCAGAAAUUUGA